GCAUGACGCGCGACUCCUGUCGGAUAGUUUUUCAAGCAUGUCUGCUCGGUGAAUAUUCGAUGCUGUUGCAUUAGCGUGCAUUUGCGCUGGAAAGCUGUGGUGUGUCGUGUGUUGUGUGCGAGUUGUUAGUGCGGAUCGUCAUUAAGGGACGAAAAGGCAUCGCUAUGAAUCGAGAGGGAGGAUCGUGGCAAGCGCAGUGACCCACAAGCCAUAAGAGGCCAGGAGUUCCCUGCGAUGGAGUCCAUCAGAAAAUGGUUCUACAGGCCUAAGAGGGACGAUACCAGCUUACUGGCUCAGUUUUUCUACGCCGAUGAGUCCUUGAAUGCAGUAGCCUGCGAGUUGGACUCGUUUGAUGGUCGUCAGGAGCCCGAACGAUGCACGACCCUUGUGAAUCAUUUGAGACAUUGUCAGGACAAGGUCCUGACAAUCUGCAAUCAGAUCAUGGAUGACCUCAUCCCCGAGAGCAGGGCCAAUCGGGAUUUUCGCGUCAAGUUCCCGGAUGACGUAAUGCAGGAAAACCUCGCAGGGCAACUUUGGUUCGGCGCUGAAUGCUUGGCUGCUGGUUCUUCCAUUAUGAACAGAGAAGCUGAGAGUUCAGCCAUGAGACCCUUGGCGAAGGCACUGACAAAAUCUUUGGAAAUUGUAAGGAAUCUCCUGAGGGAACAUGCUCUGAAGGGCCAAAUGAAUUUGAAGCACGUAUUUCAGACUCAAAACCCUCUCGAACCAUCGCUGGAGAAGCUUAUUGAAUCUUUGAAGAUAUUUGAUCGGCUGUUUGCUGAUUUUGAAUUGUGCUACGUUGGCGCCAUGGUACCUGUCAAGUCUACCAAGGAGUACGAACAACAGGAACUCGUAUGCGUACUUUUCUCGGAGACUCUACAGAGAGCAUUGGAAAGAGGGCUGCUCAGUCAGGCUGACGUCGAUAAUUAUGAACCCGCUUUGAUGUUCACCAUUCCUCGUUUGGCUAUUGUAUCGGGUCUGCUGGCUUCUCCUGGAGGACCUCUGUGUCUCAAUUCGGCCGACACUCUCAGUGAAAUGUUCAGACCAUUCAGGACCCUCCUUCUUAAGAUAAGAGAACUACUCUGGACGCUGAAUAAUCGUGAGCUCUACAUGCUGGAGAAGCUUCUGUGCUCUAACGAGGAACCCUCAGCACCUAUAACGCAAACUACGAAGUCUACCUAUCAGGAUGUACCGGAUUUGGAAGAAUUUGUUCAUAACUUUUACACUGAUUAUCCAAACUGCAAGGAUUUCAUCGUGGAUUUUUAUACCGUCACAAGAAACACGGGGAGCAAUAUGGAUGAGGUAGCCAACGACGCGGUUCAAAUAUUGGAUCAAGAAAAUAGGAAGGUGGAACAUUCGAGCGACAGGAAGUCCUUGAAGGAACGUGAGAAACGUCGAAAGGAGAGAAUCGGUAAAGAUACGAGGCCAGAAGACUUAAAGCGAUCCGCACACUUUAAGGAGGUACAGGAUGACGAACGUAGGGAUGCUGUUCUCGAUGAGGAUGCGAGGAUUCGAAUUGAACGAGAACGCUAUCUCGAGGAAUUAGAACGUAGGAAUGGACGAACUUCAUUGGUAGAUCCGCCAGAAUCGAAUUGUCAGAGGCACUGUAACUCCCAGGAACAGGAAGUUAGUCAAAGCAGUUCUACAGUUAAUCCUGGCUCGUCCCAAUCUUUAGUACAGUGCAUAGAAAGACAGGAUAGUGCCGAGAGUAGAGUUUCUAGCAACGCCGAAAAAAGCAGAAAUAACAGCAUGGAGAAUGAUGAGGAUUAUACGAAUUCAGACAUCACCCAAAUACUUGGCUCAACCGACAUCAUUGAAAUUCCUCAGACUCAAUAUCUGCUAAAUCAAGUCUCCCACGAGAAUAACGUAUCUGGCGAGACUAUUCACAUUCAAAAUUCUCUGCCAGAUAUGGACUCGAAAAAAUUAAUUUCCGAGGCGAACAAGACACUGUCAAAUUUACUACUCGAUGGCGAAUGUCAAAAUGAGAUUUCUGAGCAAACAGAUUCAGGAAUUUGUACAGUGAUAUCAUCUGAAAAUACUAGUCUCUGUGAUAAGAGUCCCGAGGAGAAGAAAACUUUUGCCAAUGACAUCGAGCAAGGUGACGAAAGAACUUGCGACGAGGAAGAGGAACAGGAAAAUACGAGUUACUCGUGCUCGAAUUUGAAUUCGCCUAAGAGAAAGAAUUCGAAUAUAUCGGAAAGUUCGUGUGUCUGCAGUCUUCGGAGUUCAAAGACAAUAGCGUCUUUGGAUAGUUCCAUAGAGGUUCCUGGACUGAAUUCCGCGAGUACAGAGUCCGCAAAGAACAUUCCAAGGAUAUCGUCGAAUUUCGAUGGAACCAAUGAAGAGUUCGUUGGUCUGGCAUAUGGCAAUGGUCAGAUAUCAGUGUGUGAUUCUAAUCAGCCUAGCUUCCAGAUCAAUUAUUCCGAGAAUUGGGAGAAUCUUAAUCUAAAUAUCGACGCGUCCACAUCAAGAAAGGAAUUCUGGAAUGAUCUCAAAUGCGAGAAUUGUCCCUCGACCUCGCGAAGUAUCGACAAGAUUGGUAACAAGAUUGAAAAGUAUGCCCAGGAGAAGAUGGCUGUGAAACGAGCAAAAGAUGAGAAACAAAGGAAACGGCAUCAGCGUAAAUAUGAGAAAAAGUCAAGUCGUAAGGAUCACGAUAAGAUACACAAUAGCAUUCCCUAUAGUGUGCAGAACCUCCAAGUGCCUACGAGCACCGAGAGCUCAAGAUCCAAUUCCACUGACCGAUGCCUGAAUCCCAGGCUGUCGAAUUUUGGAGCCAGUUUGCAUCCCAGUCAGAAUACAAGGCAAAUGCCUAAUUUCGGAAGUCACAGUCCUCACACGAGUCCACGACUUCAGCACUUUGACACUCGGGUUACGCAAAAUGUCGGUCAACGUUUUGAUUUGAGUCAUCGGGUGCACAGAAACAAUUCAUCACACAAUAAGAAGCUUCUGGAUCACAGAAGGUCGAGAUCCGAACAAAUUGCUAGGAUAAAGAGAAGAGAUUCCGACAAGAGAGAGAAGUAUGAGAGAAUGAUUGGUAGAUCCGAACACGGAAGAAGGAAGUCUAGUCCCAGAAGUCCCGAUGAAUUAUUAAAUGAUGGUCUGGGACCUAGGACUGAUAAGAGUGGUCUGGUGGUGACAGAGCUAAUCUCUCCGAGCUCUACACAAAACUGUUCAUAUCGCGGGCAAAAAUACAGGGACGGAAGUUCCCAGAGAGCGGCAAGACUAGUUAAUCCAGCUGUAGUUUCCAAAGCGCAUUCGUCGAGUUUGGAAAUGUCAUUAGCUCAGAGAGCCGAUCUAGAAUCCAGUUCCAGCUGCUCCAGUUGCUGCGACUCCAGUUCAGAGACUAGCGAAUUUCAGAGCGAUUGUCAGGACGACGAAGAGAUAGCUUUAGCCAUGCAGGCAGCAGAAAUUGCUAACAGAAAUCAGAUAAGGGCUAAAUUUCGAUCUUCAGAGGAUCUCGUCCAUCGACUUUUCGUUUGCAUAGCCGGUGUGGCUGAUCAGUUACAAACAAACUUUGCAUCAGAUCUGAGAAACAUUCUGAAGUGCGUUUUCCUCAUGAACAGCAGCCAAACAACCGAUGAAACUGAAGAAAAGAGUGAGGAAACUGAAGUACCUCCAAGUCAACCAAAUGAUUCCCCAUCGGGAACACCAGACAGAACGAAUGAGCUUGAACGACGUGAUACUCAGGAGGACGAGGAGGAUGAAACAACUCUAGAUGAAACAACACCGACCAACGAGAGAACAUCACCGGUAACAGAACGUGGUGAAGAGUGCGUAGAAAGGGCACCAGCCUGGAUACCUGAUAACGAUGCACCAAGAUGCAUGGCUUGCCAAGCUGGCUUCACCGUAGUACGUCGCAGGCACCACUGCCGGAAUUGCGGUAAAGUGUUUUGCGGCCGUUGUAGCAGCAACAACGUACCACUGCCGCGUUACGGCCACACGAAACCUGUCCGCGUAUGCAACCGAUGCUUUCUCUAUCAGGUGACGCCUUUCACGGUCUCCCGUGUCACGUCUGCUAGUUGAAUAUCUUAUCUAAUAGAAUGGACUAUCCUGAGACUGGACAAAACCACUCUCUCGUGAACAAUCAAGUUCACACUUAACACGCUCAAAGACAACGUUGUGAGCGUCUUGUUCGAUGUAGAGGCGACCGUCCUCGUGAUUUCUUUAUUCGUUUUAACCAUUCACCCUUUUACCUUUGAAAGACCGCGAAGCCUCAAGGCUCGCCUAAGCCAUAGAAUAUAUAGCAUAUAGACGUAUACAUACCUUUUGCCUCGCGUAUCGCAUCAUGUCGAAAUCGACCUUCGUACAUGAUAUCAAAGCUGUACAUAUAACUAUACACCCCGUAUACGCAUUCCUUUACAAAGAGAACGAGCAGGCGUGCGCGAGUGCAUUGCUUGCAAAGAAAAUAAUGCGUUUAGUCCUUCAACGACGAACGAUAGAGCGCCAUGAUAAAUCGACGAUGAGAAAGCGAAUGAUUUUUUUCUUUUAAUUCGUGGAUCGAUCGAGAACGAAGAGUUCUUUGAUUGACUCUCUCGUUAAGACUCGAUUGGACUGAUUAGACUUAGCGCGAGAUUUUACCCUUUUUUCUCUCUUCUCUACGUUCUUUCUUUUUCAUACUACAACGAGGGAGUAACAGCGAAUGCUAAUGGAGCCGUUUACUCCAGCGAUAUAGAAAUUACGAGGCUUUUUUUUUCAACGAUCUAUAAUUGAAAUAACGUGUAGUUCUCGAGUAUAUGUGGAGUCAUAUGUGAGAAACGUGUUAAAGCAGCGCAAUCAUUUUUAUGUCGAUGAAUUAAUUCGCGAUUUUUUUGCGCGUUCGCUAAUUUUCCAAAACUGACUCGCGACGAGAGGAAGUCGGAAGCAACGGGCGUUUCUUUGUACUCAAAGUUGGUUUUUUAGUAUGAGGUAUCGGCAUACGAAUUAAUUGGCGCGGUACGGGGACACGAAGUUGGCGAUUAUGUAUAAAGCAGAAAAUGGCACGGCAGGUUUCAUCGUUAAUUAAAGAAAUUGUAAUGGCUGUAAAUUUUCCAAGCAUCGCAUAAAUAAACUGCCGACGUUGGGUGACCUGCGAACCGAUUUUUCGUGAAAUUCACAACUGUUAUAAUGGCUCUCGUGCCAACUGUCGUGACAAUAAAGUUUUUUCCUUCUUGGGACAGUUCGUACGAUUCCGAUUUUCGUGGCUGAAAUCGAUUUUUUUUAAAUCGGAUACUCAAUGAACACCCGAAUAAAAGAAAUAUACGUGUGCAUUUGGAUUUUAAAGAAGACUGUACCGAUCGUAGACAUCACAGUGUUUAACCUACUAACGGGCUUUUCAUGACCGAUACUAAUUCUUUUAAUAAAUUGCAAAUCCGACAAGCAAGCCUCUACCCUUUAUCGUCUUUCUUCGGUAACCUUAAACGAAAAGAUUUUAUCGACCUCUCGAUCUUCUCUAGUUUAAUCCAUUUUUCUAGUGUUUAAAAAAGCGUUUCGAUAUACGAUGCGAACUCAGUGCGACUCUACAGGGUGGUCACAAAGAAACUUGUCCGUUCCAAAGAUAUUUCACUUUCAAAAGAGAUGUGACUUUAUGACCAGUCUGCAUAUUCAAAUUCUCGAACUUCUCUUACGCAUCGAGAAAUAUUAAGUGCGAUUUCCUUAUAAAUAUAUACGUAAAGCUUAAGACGAAUCCCGAAGACUCGUUAUUAAAUUUCGUGUUUUCUCGUUGUGACACUUGUGAUUCGUCGAUAGGACAACUUUUAAGCGAUAGGCCGUUCUUCUUUUCCAUACGAUUAAUUAAUUGUCAAAUAUGUGAAUAGCGUGUCUCGAUGAAUUUAUUGUGAAGGAAAUAUGCGUUUAAGCACCGUUCACACAUGGGUGCACGUCAUCUAGUGAAGAAAAUUCCCAGGACAACGAAAUCACCCGCAGUGAUCGACCCGAUCGACACACGAGAAGGCUGAAGAGGCCUAAACCUUCGAAAGAGCCAAAAAUUCGUGACUUUUGAAAAGAAAUAGAAAACUUUGUAAACACUCCGAGAUCAAAUCUCAAAAGUGUCCAGUGUCGAAACUCUCGUAGUAAAUGUUCGAGCUUCCUCUCCGUUGCGAUAAAUCAAUUUGCAAAGACUGGCGGAUCGUAAGAACAAGAUCAAGGAAAUACGUGAACGCGCGUUGCUGAAAAUUAUCGUUAUCGCGGGCGAGCGCAAUCAUCAGUUCGCCAAUGCGAAUAGAGCCCGAAACGUGUUCUUAGAGAGCGCAGAUAAAUAUUUUUAUUCCACUUGCAUAUGUGUCAAACGUCAAUUGAUAUUGGUUGGACGCCAAUGACGAAGAGCGCUCCCUUCUCCCUUAGAUACUGUAUAAAAAAUUAAGCAAUAGUUCUCGUGAGGCUUUUGUCGAUAAAAAUAAUCGUCACGUUAUAAAUUAACAAUUGAACGUGCGUAUUUAAAAUAAGCUCCGCGAUAAUACCGUUGAUCGGAGUUAAGUCUUAAACGUGUACAUUCGAUAAUAUUUUCUUGAUUCAAAAAAUGAAUAUAAAAUAUUUAGCUAAAAAACACACACAAAUACACAGCAGGGACGGUAAAUAAAAAAAAAAUAUUGUGCUUUAAAACGUUGACACUGUGGAAGUUACGGGUGUUUUAAAUGUUGCGAAAAAUGUAUCGAUAUCGUUGAAAAUAGGGGAAUCCCCGGAAGACAGUCGAAUCCGAUAGAGAAAGGCGCAAAAAUAAUAAUGGGAGUCGUGAGAAUUUUUUUUUUUAUUUGUAUCUGGUGACCGAAACCGUCAACGCUGGACCGCGUCUAUCCAGCAUCGCCUCGAGAUACUUUCUAACGGCGUUAUGGAAACUACGCGCGAAGGAGUAAAAAAAAAUAAAGUGAUAAAAUUGGUGGAGACUUAUUUUUUACAAUGACUGACGUCUUGUUAGGCAAAAGGAAGGAAUAUUAAAAAUUUCUAUUCGAUGCAUCGAUUCGAUUUAAAAUAAGAAAAAAAAAGAGUAUUGUAAAAAGUGAGGGAAAAAAGGUGAAAAUUGAAAGGAACAAGAACAACAAGAAAACAAUGGUAUCAUAUGUAUUGGGUCUAAAUCGCGCCCAUGGAAAUUUACUCGUCGCUUUAUCCAAUCCUUUAUACGAACGUAUGUACUACGUAAGUCGCCAUCGGCGCGUGAGCCCAAGAAAAAAAAAACAAGAGUAGCUACGGAGAUUUCGAUUUCAAUGAAACAAAUUGUACCUUAGAAUUAUUUUUAUAUUAUUUGCCCAAUUGUAGGUAUAUUGUUACGUCUAAGCUUCGACGCGGCCGUGCUUGCGUAGAGUACACGUAUAAAACAAGAAAAAUGGCUAUCGAUAAAAAAAAUGGAUUCUCUUGCACAAAAAAAAAAAAUAGAAAAAA